AUGACGACACCAACCUCCAGCCGCGCAGAUUUCUACCAAAUCCUCAGCGUUCCAUUCACGGGCACAUCAACCGGUCUCUCAAAACAAACAGUCAAACUCGCAUAUCACAAAGCCCUCCUCAGACACCACCCCGACAAAGCCAGCGCUAUCGCACAAGGCCUCCGCACUCCAUCUAAGGAAUCCGGCGAAUCACGAUACACGAUUGAUGAAAUUACCACAGCGUACAAAACUCUCUCCGAUCCGGGAUUACGCGCCGAAUAUGACCGUACACUAAGACUGGACCGGGCCAAGGCCGCGGAGCGGGAGAAGACGGAUGUGUUUCAUACUGGGUUGGAGGUUGUCGAUCUGGAGGAUUUGGAGUGCGAUGAGAGUGGGGAGGAGUUAUGUUGGUUCCGCGGGUGUCGGUGUGGUGACAAUAGGGGGUUUUUGGUCACGGAGGAUGAGUUGGAGAGAGAGGUUGAGCACGGGGAGAUUAUUGUGGGGUGUCGGGGGUGCAGUCUUUGGUUGAAGGUGCUUUUUGCGGUUGAGGAUGAUGGGUGA